AUGGCUCACUCUCUUGGUCUUCUAACCGUUGUUAUUCUGCUUUUUACCGUUUACAUGCACUCAACUUCAGCAGAUGAAAUAGUUUGUCAACCAUUCAAAUCAAUUCCAUUUUUUUCCACUCCUUGUACUAAACCAAAAUGGGCUCAGCAAGGUAUCACAGUUGCUGGUACAACGGGAAAGCAAGGAUCAUCUAACAUUCAGCUCAUCGGUCCUUCUGGCAUUUUCAUCGACCCUUAUGACAACCUAUUCAUAGCUGAUGAGGGUAACGAUAGAAUUCAAAAGUUCUCUCCAGGAUCAAAGGGUGUUGGUCUGACAAUUGCUGGAGGGAAUGGUGGAGGAUCUGCUUUGAACCAAUUGAAAGAGCCAAGAGCUGUCUAUGUUGAUUCUGCAGGAACUCUGUUUAUCACUGAUCGGGGUAAUCUUCGAGUGCAGAAAUGGUUCACGGGUAGUGCACAAGGAAUAACAAUUGCCUCUGGAAGAGGCUAUACAGCUCAUUGGUUUCAAGGACUUUCUGGUAAUAGAAAACAAAUAAAUGAAAUUUAUUCAUCGGAAUCAAUCAUGGGACGUGGCAGAAUUAUGAAGUAUCCUCUUGGUGGUGAUGAUUCGCCUUCGUAUGCAACACUUCUCGGUUCUGUCACUAGAAAUCCUGGAGGUAUUGUUGUGGAUGAGUGUAAUAGUGUCUAUGUAGCAGAUCCAUUUGGUGGAAAUAUUUUAAAAUUUAGCAGCGGUAAUUCAACAGGUGAACAGAUUGCAUCAGGUUUGAUCACUCCUAACGAUGUUGCACUUGAUACGUACGGAAAUCUCUAUAUCGUUGAAAGAGAUACAAAUCGUGUUCAACGCUUGAAUGUUCAUGAUGGUACAAGGGAAGUCAUUGUUGGAAAUAAAGAAGGCGCCGAAGGAAGUGACAGUGAGCAUUUGAAUAAGCCGUGGAGCAUUGCAUUCGAUUCAGAAAACAAUUUGUAUGUAUCUGAUAAAGAGAAUCACCGUGUUCAGAAAUUUAGCUUUCACGAAGGAGAUCUUUUGUGUUGA